UGACGGGUUCAUAAUUAACAAUUGCUUCACAUUCUACUCAAUCCGAUUGGAUCCCGCUAAUCCCUUUACAAAUGACAUGGCUAAUUUUGUACUAAUCCGACUACUCUAGAUACUGUAUAGUUUCUAUUGAAUUCCACUUGCACGUUACUCCCUCGUAAGUGGUUUUGUUGACAUCACAUGUUGUAUAUAAGAGCAGAGCGAUGUUCUGUCUCCGUGUCAGUCCAAGCGGCUUCAGGUAACGACAAGAAGUACUCGAGUCCUCCACGAUGAAGCUGUUCCUCUGUCUGGUCCUCCUGCCUGUGCUGGUCCUCGCCGCACCGUCCCUGAAGAUGGAGCUCCUGGAGGAGCUGCUGAAGAGGCUGGAGAGGAGGCAGCUCGGGGACACGACACCUGUCACCGAGGACAUGACACCUGUCACCAAGGACAUGACACCUGUAAGCGAAGGUACAACGCCUCUCAGCGAGGGUACAACCUCUCUGACCGAGAUGGACACCUCUUCAGACGACCAUACGGAAUCGACAACUGCAGAAGAAAUGGACACUUCACCAUCGGUCACCUACGACAUGACAUCCGAUACCAUUCAAAGCGACAUGACGACACCUUUAUAUGACAUAUCCUCUUCACCGACAACGCCUAACGACGCCAGGGAUAUGACAACUCCAUCUGCUUCAGACAUGGGACCAAGAGAAUACAUGAGGCAAGCUACAGAAGGCGUGUGUAUGCUACUGGCUUUCGUGAAAGGACAAGAGAGGCUUUUGGAAAUGUUUGGCAAUCAUGGAGGUUCACCUAUGAUGGCUGGUCUCAUGGGAGGAUUACCGCCACAGUCCCGUGCAAUUGGGGGGCUACCGAACAUGAUUGGUCCCAUGGGAGAUCUGCCUAAACAGUCCGGUUCUAUGGGAGGUAUGCGUAAACAGUCCGGUUCUAUGGGAGGUAUGCGUAAACAGUUUGGUUCUAUGGGAGGUAUGCGUAAACAGUUUGGUUCUAUGGAAGGGAUGCGUAAACAGUCCGGUUCUAUGGGAGGUAUGCGUAAACAGCCCGGUUCUGUGGAAGGGUUACCUAAACGUCCCACUGAAGACUCUUUCCCCUGGGAGGAGGCUGAACAGAAGCUACAGGACCUCUGCGAUCUCGUCAACAGCUACAGCUCCGAACCUCUGAAGCUGGCGCAGACCCUGGUUGAACAGAUGGGAGCUCACAAAGGUUGAUAGAUUGUCUCUUGAGCCGACUCAUUAACUCCUCCAGCCUCACCCAGACCGAUGGACAACCCGCUCAUUCACGAACAGUGUCGCUUCUGACGCCAGUCAGAUCACCUGAUCCUAUGAUACAAAACCAUGUAACUAUUGCAAUGAUAGUUGCUAAAAGGCAUUAUAAGUAUUAUAUUCUAAUCGAAGAGAUUACUAUUUUUAUCAUUACAUGAAUUUCUUAUUAUCUUCACGUUGAUCAUAACCGAUAUUGUUCUAUAUUUAAUACAAAUAAACCACGAUUGUUGUUUGUA